AGCAGCACGCAGGCGCGCCGCCGCGCGGGGGAAUUCGUCUGCUAACGGCUCGGGGUCUAUCGCGGAACGGGCGGCAGCGCGAAAAGAUAAUGAAACACCACUAUGCAUCUUCCAGUAAAAUGCAGAAGACCACUGGUAGGGCAUCAGCAAAAAAAACACUUAAGUCACAAAAUCAACAAAGGUCUUACAACAUAAAAAAGAGAACAGAUGGAGAUGGAGGAAAACAAGAUCAAAAAAGAAAGGUCACUCAGACAGUCAAGAGGAAAGCUACAGAACAUGAGGACUCGUCCCCUGCAAGAGAAAAGGGUUCUUCAAAAAAGGUGAAGAUAACCAAUGCUAAAAUAGCAUCUUGGCAGACUUUCUCUGAGAGCAGUAGGCAAUUUCUGGCAACUGUAAUGGAUGCAGCAAUACUAUCUGUUUUGUGCCAACAAAGGAAUAGCAAAGGUGAUGUUCAGAAGCACCUCAAUUUACUUAAAGAAAGGGUGCUGAGAUUUUUCAGGACUGUAAAGGUGCCUCCAGGGAAGCUGGGCAAUCUGAAGAAAGUCCCAAGCCUUCAGAUGUCAGAGAAACAAAUGCUUGAGACAAAUGAAGAGACUCUGGCAAAACUGCAGGAAGAAAUAAAUGAAGCUCAGCAAUCAGCAGAACACAUUGAAGAAACUACAAAGCAACUGCGAUACAAAAUCCAAGUGCUCCAGAACCAGUUAGAAGAUGAUGAAAAAAAGGCCAGAGAGGUAUUGCAGGAAAAUGGCAGUGGAGCUCUCCACCUUCCGGAACUCCCCAAGCGCAGUUUGCAGGCACCCACUUUGCAGAAAGAAAUUCUGAAGAUAAAAGAUCAGGAAGGUCUCUUAAAGGAUAUGAACACUAUUCAGCAGUCAGCUGACCUGAAGAGCAUGUUAAAUCUCAUUGAGAAGAUCUAUGAGAAAGUGGACUUCCUUUGAGAAAUCAGAAUAUAUGGAAUCUCCUUUGAAAAAUAAAACCUAGGCCAGGACUCUAUGAGUGAAGAGCAGCAGGAUGCUGAACAUGGGAACAGUGUUUUCUUCCUAAUGGCUUUACUGUUGUGACUUCUGAAUUUAUGUUAAAGCAUUUUGCAUAGAUAGUGGUAUACAAAUCUGUAGCUGCAUUCUGGGACUCCAGUGAUUUAAGUGAGUAGUCAAGGAUUUUGGGGGAUUUUUUGGACCUAUG